CUCUCAAAAUGCUGUUACAACUUUUCAUCUUGAAUUAAUCUACACUUAUAAAGAGGGAGAUUAGCUCUGGGUUACCCAGUGGUGAUAGAUAGAUAGAUAGAGAAAAAUGAUAAUAAUACAAACAGAUUUGCAGAAUCUAACAAGAGACAGGCUUUUUUUGUCCAAAGGUUGAAUCAAAAGCUGCAAAAGCGAGGGCUUAAUGAGAAAGCUCACGUUUAAGGUUUUAUAACCUUCAUCCAUUUUCUUAACAACUUAACCAAAUUAGGAUUGGAGCCAGCUCUCAGGCCAAGAGGCAAGGAACCAUUCCACACAGGGCAAACAUAGAAAAACAGACAUAAUUUACAGUCACAUCCAACCCUUCUGCAAAUUUAUAGUCAGUCACUAACUAACUUAACCAUAUCUCUUGGUCUGAUGCACAGGGAAAAUACCGGGAGGCCCGAGCCAUGGGCUAACAUCAAUAUCAGAUUCCAAUCAAGGAGACUGGGUCACACCUGAAAUGACUGGAGCACACAGCUAAUGGCCAUCUGUCUGCCAGGUGGACAGUCGAGCACUCACUUUGCUGUAAAUGGAGACAAGGCUCGAGUUGGAUGUUUUGAUAUACCCAGAUGAAGUAAGGAUCGCUACUCCGGAUGAUCUCAGGGACUGGGAGCUGGAAACUGCGAGCCAGGUGUCCAUACCCACCGUCCGGCUCUUUGUUGCACUUUACCCGUACAACCCGGCUGCCAUGUCUCCAAACCACGAGACAGCUGCAGAAGAGCUGCCCUUUGUGCCAGGCCAGAUCAUCAAGGUUACUGGAGACAAAGACGCAGAUGGGUUUUAUCAUGGCGAGUCUGGUGGGCUUUCUGGGUAUGUGCCAAGUAAUAUGGUGGCUGAGAUCCCCGUGGAUGAUGAGUAUCUGAAGCAUCUACUCAUGCAGCAGGGAUUCCUCCCCGUGGACCACACAGGCAUGUCUCUAACACCAGACCUGAGCGAUGUCACCAGUAUCCCUGACAGUGGGGUUGUUAGACGAAUGGUAGCCUUAUUUGACUACGAUCCAUGGGAAAACUCACCCAACAUGGACAGUGAAGCCGAACUCGGCUUUCGUUCGGGAGAUAUCAUAUAUGUUUUAGGUGACAUGGAUCAAGAUGGGUUUUACUAUGGAGAUCUUCACGGACAACGAGGUUUGGUUCCAUCAAACUUUCUGCAGCUGUUACCCUGGGAUUAGAAGAAAAUGCACGCUAAGCUGUUUGCUACAAAUGCCAAGUCACAGACGCAGUGAGAAACCAGAAGUUUCUAUGUAAAAUAUGGCUAAAAGGACACUUCAUAUAUCAAAAAAUAGUUUAUUUUAUUUUUAUAUUCUACUAACUGCAUCUGUUUUAGACUGAAAGUAAGCAGCUAAUGAACCCCUCUGUUAGUAUCAAUAAGAAUGCUCAAAACUAAAAAGAGUUCAGGCUUUUGUUUAAAUGUUUCUUUAUUGAAAUAACAGAUACUUACAAACCCUUUGAUGCAAAAAAAACCAAAACAAAAAAAACCAAGAACAACAAAAAAACAGAAUAUUUACAAUAAUGCAUAUUUGGAAAAUUACAGGUAAAAGCAAUUUUUGCUUUAGGCGCUUUCACAAAAACACAAGAACUGACUUGCUAAAUAAAUUACCUGAUGGGAAUGGAUAAAUUAUUUUAGCCUUAAUAAUACACAAUUUACAGAUUUCUUUCUCCCCAGUGUUUUGAUAUAGUAUUUCCAUUUUUUUUGCCUUAUGCCCUGUGUAUAUAUUUUCUAUCACUGGCUUAUUUCAUACAAGUUAUUUAAAAAGAAAAAAAAAACUUUUUGAAUUUUGCAGCAAUUUUUUUGUAAAAAUAAAGAGACUCUUGUUAUAAAUGAAAAAAAGUUUUAAUCAUGUUACAAAUGUAAGAGCUGUAGUUAAACUGAAAAUAAACUGUCCUAAUUCUUA